AUGUCGGAUAAAUCAAGUGCGGACGAUGCGCUAACCCCAGUCUUAGUCAAUUGUAAUAAUGCAGAUGUAACGUUCAAGUCGGCGGAUGGCGUCGAUUUUCAUUUGCAUCGGUCCCUGCUUGAAGCUCACACAGGAGCAUUUCCUGGACCAAGCAUCGAUACUCGCGGAGAAGUGGUACAACUACAAGAGCCAGCAAAGGUUCUUGAAAUCUUAUUCGAUUUUGUAUAUCCCAAACGACAUUUGGAUCUCGUGGAUACGGAUAUCGAAUUGUUGUUCGACGUGGCAGAGGCUGUUGAAAAGUAUGAGGUAUUUUCUGCGAUGUUUGUGUGUAACGCACGCUUGAGUGCACUUUUGCCCCGAUAUGCUGAAAGAAUCCUAGCUCAUGCGGUAAAACACAACUAUCCAAAACUCAUAGACGAAGCCACACCACAUAUUGCACGGUCGUCAUCUGUCUCAGCCAUGCAGAAAUUGCCAGUAUGCUACAGCCUUCCAUGGUUUCGGUACCAGGAAUCCUGGGCAAGUCUCUUCAGAGGAGCACGAAGAUAUACGAAAAAUAUGCCCCUUCUGCAGCUUGCAGACGGUAGAAAAGAACACAGGACCUGCCACUCAGCACCAGGAACAAUAUGUAACACAUGCCAGAACUCCAUGUUUCUUUGGAUCGCGACAUUGGAAGAGAUCGAGACGAUAUCUGCAUUAAACGAAGUCCUGGAUCAAUUCCCGACAGCCAUAUCCAAUGCCAGCUGUUGCAAAGAUUCUGGACCCGUCACGGCUACCGAUUGGGCAGCAGCAAAUAUGAUGACAUAUGGUUCUGGACGUCCGACAUCUGGAUCACCGCAAUACAAGUGCAAUCAUCUCCUUAAUCUGGCCAGAUCGAUGCAGUAUCAAAUAAAGGCAAUCCCUCUCUUUAGCGAUUUCGUGAAUGGACAAUAUCUGGAUAAAACAAAAAGGGUCAAGCAGGAAGAGUAG